AAACGUGCACUAUAAUCAAGUGUCCCAUCACCGGAACUUAAGUAUUCAUCAACAUGUAAGGUAGUAACCGGAACUCUCUAUGACCAAAAUAGGAAUUUAAAAUCCUUGCCUAUUAACGAUCUCUGUUAAUCCUUCCCCUCCACGCCUCCGAGCUGAAUGAUGGAGAUCCAGGUCGUACCCAGAAGUGCCCUGUAGCCCUGGGGACGUGUAUACAGGAACUCGCCGGAAUGACACGCCGUCACUCAAAUAGCGAGGAGUGCGCUUCGUCCUUGGGGAUGAGGGAGUGGUGGCUUCACGUAGGGCUACUGUGCGUGCCGCUCAUCGCGGUCUACCUGCACAUCCCCCCGCCUCAGCUGUCCCCGGCAUUGCAAAACUGGAGGUCCUCCGGCGCCUUCUUCAGUUUCAAAGGCCAUAAUAUCUUCUACAAAGAUUCUACGGGCGCUGUAGGAAGCUCAGACAUUGUCAUACUCCUGCAUGGUUUUCCUACCUCCAGUUACGACUGGUACAAGAUCUGGGAGCCCUUGAAUCAGCGCUUUAAUAGGGUUAUUGCAGUGGACUUCCUGGGCUUCGGCUUCAGUGAUAAACCCAGACCUCAUCGGUACUCAAUAUUUGAGCAGGCCAGUAUUGUGGAGGCACUGGUGUCACACUUAGGCCUCGUCCAUCAAAGGGUUAACCUCUUGUCCCAUGACUACGGAGACACUGUUGCAUUGGAACUGCUGUACCGGCGUGACCACAACAAACCCGGACAUCUGACCAUCAACAGUCUCUGCUUGUCCAAUGGAGGGAUAUUCCCAGAAACACACCAUCCAAGACUUCUGCAAAAGUUGCUGAAAGACUCUGGGUUCCUGUCCCCCGUGCUCACCAGACUCAUCAACUACCUGCUCUUCUCCAAAGGGAUCGGGGACGUGUUCGGCCCCUACACUCAGCCCACUGAAGCAGAGUACUGGGACAUGUGGACGGGAAUCCGCUUCAACGACGGAAACCUGGUCAUGGACAGCAUCUUGCAGUACAUAAAUCAGAGGCAGAAGCACAGGGAGCGGUGGGUGGGUGCACUCACCUCCACCUCCGUCCCACUGCAUAUGAUCUAUGGGCCGCUGGAUCCGGUGAACCCUCACCCCCAGUUCAUCAGCCGCUACCAGAGCCUGGUGCGGAGGUCCACUGUGUCUGUCCUGGAUGAACACAUUAGCCACUAUCCCCAGCUGGAAGACCCCACUGGGUUCCUCAAUGCCUAUCUCAACUUCAUCAACUCCUUCUGAGCAACUUCACCCAUCUCAGCUUGAACUCCUGAGCACCUUCUGCCAUCUCAACUUCUUCGACUCCAUCAGCGCAACAUCCACAAUCUCAAAUUCCUCAGCUCCAUCUGGUCAAGUUGCCUGGUCAGGACGUCGGUCAGAUCCAACCUGCCAUCAUCCUGCUGGCCCUCUGUAUUCCACACUCAUUCCCAUCGCUUCCUGUUUGGCGGCUGACCAACCCACUUCGCCAUCAACCCCUGAACACCUCUCGCCUGACCAAUGGCGGCGCUUCAGUCAGCCAAUCAGAUCGGCUUCUUUACAUCUACCUGCGCUUUUAAGUGCAGAAACAAUGCUUUUCAGCCUCGGAACAAAGCCCUCUGCCUCAACACGAAUAAUACGCACUACAGCAACUUAAUAUAGGCUGUAAUUUUUUGACUGGUUGAGAUGCAGUAUUGAAUGACUUUCAAAUCUGAUGCAAGGGCCACUGGUGAUGUUGAAAAAAAAAAUUCUCCAGUGAACUGCAAAUGGAGGUUUGAGGUGGGAAAAAUCCAGCUCAACUUUAGUUUGAUGGCUUGUUUUCACUUAGUCAUUUCUCCAUAGGUUUUUCAUAAAGGACUCUGCAAGGGCUACAAGCAAUUUCAUGUUAAUAAUAGAUAAGAUAAAUGGUCCAAGAUAAAUUGUCUAGUUUUGCAGUUUUGUAAAGAUGUUUCAGGUAUGAAAUAUGAAGCCAAACAAUACUACCAUCUGAGGGGUGACCCAUGGGAAAAGCGAUAUGUCCAUUCUGACAUUUUCACUGAAACAUCAAUAUUGAGACCCUUCAUGUUGCAUUACUGACCUGUAUCAUCUGUGGCUGCAAUAGCCCACAUUUCACAGGAUCAGCCUCGUCUUCCACAAAGAAAACUGUCCAAAAAUCGACUUGGGGUGGGUCUUUCAGUUUAGGUAAUUGAGAACAAAUCCAUUAUUCUUGCUGUGGGGCUUUGUGCAACUGAUGAAUGAAUAAUGCACUGAAAUACAAGCAAAAAAUAAGUAUUUUAUGGAAAUAAAACUAGUUUUUCAUAAAUGUUUGGUUAGUUGAAAUAAUUUGAUAUAAAAGCAUUGCACCAACAAACAUACUGCACAAGUAUGUAGUCUUCACUGAGACCACAUUACUGUAGUAACCACAUUACUGUACUGUACACAUCUCUGCUGGAGAUACAAA